ACACGUGCGGACAAGCUUGCCCCGUCGAAGCGCAAGGAGCGCUGCACUCGUUCUGCUCGCCAUCAGCAGUGAGGCUACAUAGCAGUGAGGCUACAAUCAGCAGGGAAGCGUAUCCGAGUGCGGCAAGACAAUGUCGAGCAUCGACACGUCGCGCUUCGGCACGGGCUUUGUCCCCGAGGCGAGCAGCAAUGACCGUGCUCCUUCUCCCCCCGUCGCCGCGUCGUCGUCUUCGUGGUGGUGGAGCAACAGCAGCGGCGGCAGCAGCAGCAGCAGCAGCAAAGGAAAGAGCGCCAUCAAGCCAGACGAGAUAUUCAUUGGGGGCGGCAAGUGGGACGACGAGGGCGCUGGCGGCGCAGUGCCCGUCGCGGGCUACCACGGGCGGUGGCCCCUGUAUGGGGACGUGUACAGUGUCAAGAAGCAGAAGCUGAGAGAGGCCGAACGGGAGAGGCUGCGGCUGAUGGGCGCACAGGUCGAUCACGGCUCAUCCUUCCCGUCGUCUUCCUCCUCCUCGUCAUCAUCGUCAUCGUCUGCACCCAUCGAUGCCACAUCGAGCAAGGGAGGCGGGGACCCGGGAUGGCUCUGCAGGAGCGCGGGCGCAUGCAAGCCAUGCUCCGCUGACGAGAUCAUGAGGCCGUUCUGCCAGCCAUAUGGGAACAAGGCGCCGGUCGAGUGCAGGCGGCUGCUCAAUGCCUCGCUCCUCUCGCAAUGGGUCGCAGGCACCACUGAGGACAUCUUUCGCGUCGGAUUGGACGUCGAGCCGCUGUCAUCAGACGGGACAAACGCAACAACGAGUCCGGUGGCGGCAGCGACAGAAGAGAAAGGGCCCAUGCCGUUGGAUGCCAGGGCAGAGAGCAGCGCUCCACCAUCGCCGCCGCCAGCACUGGGAGACUCCGUCUACCGCGGCUACCAGGUCUGCGGACGGUCGAUCGAGGGCGAGACAUGGGACUAUGGCGAGUUCGUGGGCCUCAAUCUCGUCAUUGCGCUCGUCUCCCUCUUUGUGCUCCUGCAGCGGCAGCGCUUCCUCGCCGGACAGCACCGCUCCAUUCUCGCGCGCAGAAUCGGCCGGUCGCCGUUCUAGAGUAGUAGGCCUCAGCAGUGAAACCCUUGCCAAAAGUAUACAUUCAUACCCUUAGAGAGAGAGUCGCUCUAGUAAUAAUAAGACAGCCGCUCCAGUAAGUAGAGAGCCGCUCUGGUAAUACUACUGUCCCUGCUCGAU